AUGCNCAAAGCUUUGGGCAUUAUGGUAUACGUGUUUAAUUGUUCGGAACAAAUGGACUACAAAUCGGUCGGAAACAUCUACAAGGGCUUGGCCCAAACUGGCACGUGGGGAUGUUUUGACGAAUUCAAUAGGAUCUCUGUGGAAGUGUUGUCGGUGGUAGCAGUACAGGUCAAGACCAUUCAAGACGCAAUCAAAAAUAAGAAAGUUAGGUUUUUGUUUUUGGGAGAAGAUAUAACGUUGAUUAAGACGGUUAAGGAAAUUUUACCGCCACACUAUACUGUGAAGUUUGUCAUGGACGAUUCUACUACAUUGAAUGAUUUGUUGGUGCUGAAUUUGCACAAAUUCGAAGAAGAAGUUAAAACGAUCGUUGAUAAAUCGGUCAAGGAGAUGGCUAUGGAGAAGGUAUUGAAAGAAAUUAAAGCGACUUGGAGUUCGUACGAAUUCGAGGUCGAGUAUCACGAAAGGACGAAAUUGAAACUUUUAAAGGGAUCCGAAGAAAUGGUGGAGUUGUUAGAAGAACAUCAAGGAGCUUUGCAAAACAUGAUGACAUCGAAGUUUAUUGACUUCUUCUUCACGGAAGUAACCGAAUGGCUUACGAAGCUUUCGAUGGCCGAUGCUGUGAUAUCGGUUUUCUACGAAGUUCAGAGGAAAUGGAGUUAUUUGGAGAGCAUUUUCAUAGGUUCUGAGGAUAUUCGGUCGCAGUUACCGGAAGAUUCCAGAAGAUUCGAUAGAAUCGAUAAGGAAUUUAAGGAUGUAUUGAAUGACAUGACCAGAAACUUGAACGUUAUAGUGGCUACCAAUAAACCUGGCUUGGUACGUCGCAUUGAAGGUUUGGAAGCUGAUUUGACCCUUUGCGAGAAAGCUCUCAAUGAUUAUUUAGAAACGAAGAGAUUGGCUUUUCCCCGUUUCUACUUUGUUUCAUCGGCCGACUUGUUGGAUAUUCUAUCCAACGGGAACAAUCCUCCGAUGGUUUGCAGACAUCUGACGAAACUAUUUGACAAUUUGGCAAAACUAAGAUUCGUCCAAGAAGGAGGUAGAGAUAGUAAAAGAGCGUCGGGAAUGAUGUCGAAGGAACACGAGGAAUAUGUUCCGUUCAUAUCGAGUUGUGAUUGUUCGGGUAAAGUCGAAGUAUGGCUAAACAGGGUAAUAGAUGUAAUGCGUACAACGUUACGUAAGGUCUUCCAAGACGCCGUGGUCAGUUACGAUGAAAAACCAAGAGAAGUUUGGUUGUACGACUAUCCGGCUCAGCCAGCUCUCUGUGGAACGCAAAUAUGGUGGACGACAGAAGUGAACAUGGCUUUCGCUAGGUUGGAAGAGGGUUACGAGAAUGCACUGAAAGAUUAUAAUAGGAAACAGAUUGCCCAGUUGAAUGCACUCAUUAAUUUACUUUUGGGCGACUUGACCAGCGGAGAUCGGCAAAAAAUUAUGACUAUUUGCACGAUCGACGUCCAUUCGAGAGACGUGGUGGCAAAAAUGAUAGCUGUAAAAGUUGACAACUCCCAGGCAUUCCAAUGGCAAAGUCAAUUGCGUCACAGAUGGGACAACAAAAUCGCUGACUGUUUCGCUAACAUUUGCGACGCCCAGUUUCGUUAUCAGUACGAAUAUUUGGGGAACACCCCCAGNCAUGGAGGAAUUGAUGGAAUUUUUAAAGAAGAUUUUACGAGUCCACCAAGAGAGGGUGCUUAUGUCCACGGACUAUUCAUGGAAGGGGCACGAUGGGAUAUCGCUACUGGUAGUAUAGCUGACUCGAAACUGAAAGAAUUGUAUCCAGUUGUGCCCGUAAUAUAUAUUAAGGCGAUUACGCAAGAUAAACAAGAUCUGAAGAACAUGUACGAUUGUCCCGUUUAUAAGACGAAAUUGAGGGGACCGACCUUUGUUGGGAUUUUCAUAACCAUGAACCCUGGUUAUGCCGGUAGAACCGAGCUCCCCGAAAAUCUGAAAGCUCUCUUCCGCCCCUGUGCAAUGGUGGUGCCAGACUUUGCGCUCAUAUGCGAAAUUAUGUUGGUGGCAGAGGGAUUUCAAGAGGCUCGUCUUUUAGCCAGAAAAUUCAUCACACUCUACACGCUAUGUAAAGAACUACUGAGCAAACAAGAUCACUACGACUGGGGUUUACGUGCCAUCAAGUCAGUACUGGUCGUUGCGGGUUCUCUGAAGAGAGGUGACAGAUUGAGACCUGAAGAUCAGGUGCUUAUGCGAGCACUGAGAGACUUCAACAUUCCCAAAAUCGUUACCGACGACGUACCGGUAUUUAUGGGUCUGAUUGGCGACUUAUUUCCGGCCUUGGACGUACCGCGUAAGCGAGAUUUGGAAUUUGAGAAGACGAUCCGUAAAUCGGCGAUGGAUUUGAAGCUACAACCGGAAGACGGAUUCGUGUUGAAAGUUGUACAGCUCGAGGAAUUGUUUGCCGUGAGACAUUCCGUAUUCAUAGUCGGUUUUGCUGGUACAGGUAAAACGUGUGUCUGGAAAACUCUCAACAAAACGUACGCAAACCAAAAACGAAAACCGUUUUACAACGAUCUGAACCCGAAAGCGGUAACAAACGACGAACUUUUCGGAAUUAUCAAUCCGGCUACUCGAGAAUGGAAAGACGGACUAUUUUCGGUCAUUAUGAGAGAUCAAGCAAACAUGGCCGGCGACGGGCCGAAAUGGAUCGUGCUCGACGGCGAUAUCGAUCCCAUGUGGAUUGAAUCGUUGAACACUUUAAUGGACGACAACAAAGUGCUGACGUUGGCGAGUAACGAAAGGAUCGCUUUGACCCCGUUCAUGAGAUUGUUGUUUGAAAUUGCAAAUUUGCGAACGGCAACACCCGCCACCGUGUCCAGGGCUGGAAUAUUGUACAUAAAUCCGGCCGAUCUCGGCUGGAAUCCGUACGUGAGUUCCUGGAUCGAUACGCGAGAAUCGCAGAACGAAAAGGCCAAUCUUACGAUUUUAUUCGAUAAAUAUAUUCCGACGUGUUUGGACGCGACUAGAACGAAAUUUAAGAAAAUAACACCGAUAUGCGAGAUUGCACAUUUGUGCAUGAUCUGUUUCUUGUUAGACGCAUUUUUAGUGCCUGAAAACGUCCCCCCCGACUGUCCCAAAGAAUGGUACGAGAUCUAUUUCGUGUUUUGUGUCGUAUGGGCUUUCGGAUCGUCACUGUUCCAGGAUCAACUGGCCGAUUGGAGAAACGAAUUUAGCAAAUGGUUCGUUAACGAGUUCAAGACCGUAAAAUUCCCGGCCGCCGGCACAGUGUUUCAUUAUUACAUCGAUCAAGAAACGAAAAAGUUUCAACCGUGGACGGACCUGGUUCCCAAGUUUGAGUUUGACCCCGAAAUUCCGUUACAGGCAACCCUGGUGAACACGGCAGAGACUGUGCGUGUCAGAUAUUUCGUCGACAUACUUAUAGCCAACAAACAUCCCGUUAUGUUAAUUGGAAAUGCGGGAAGCGGCAAGUCCGUCAUAAUGAUCGAUAAACUUGACAGUCUUCCGGAGAGCUACGCGGUUACGAAUGUCCCUUUUAAUUUCUACACAACAUCUGAAAUGCUGCAGAAAAUUUUGGAAGGACCGCUAGAGAAAAAGGCAGGCAGGAUGUACGGUCCUCCCGGUAAUAAAACAAUGAUUUAUUUCGUUGACGACAUGAACAUGCCAGAGGUUGAUAAAUACUUCACGGUACAACCGCACACAUUAAUCAGACAAUGGAUGGACUAUCAGCAUUGGUACGACAGACAAAAACUAUCACUGAAAGAUAUAAGUAAUGUUCAAAUGGUGUCGUGUAUGAAUCCAACGGCUGGUUCCUUCACGAUUGAUCCAAGAUUACAGCGACACUUUUGUGUAUUCGCGAUCAGCCCGCCGACAUACGACGCCAUGGUGGUAAUCUACAGUUCAAUUUUCAGCCAGCACUUGGCAAUACCUGCCCUCAAGUUUAACCCCAACGUUCAGAAACUCUGUGACAAUAUUGUAGCCGCUGCACUGAAUAUGCACAGUAAGGUAAUAUCUAAUUUUUUACCGACUGCUGUGAAAUUCCACUAUAAUUUCAAUCUAAGAGACACCUCGAAUCUUUUCCAAAGUAUUAUGUAUUGUACCGGAGAUGCCGCUCCCACUGCUUCUCACAUGAUACGUCUAUACAUGCACGAGUCUUAUAGGGUUUACAGCGACAGAUUCAUCGAACAGCCGGAUAUAAAGAACUUCAGUAAACUAUUGAUGGAGACAGUCCGCAAAGGAUUCGAAGAAUUAGACGAGGGUGAGGUAAUGGCCGAGCCAUUAAUAUUUUGUCAUUUCGCUGAAGGUUUGGGUGAUCCAAAAUACUAUAUGAUCAGAGAUAUGGAUCAUUUGAGUAGACUGCUGAACGAAGCAUUGAGUAGUUACAAUGACUUGGUGGCAGCGAUGAAUUUGGUACUUUUUGACGAUGCCAUGCAACAUAUAUGCCGAAUAAAUCGCAUAAUAGAGGGUCCUAGAGGCAAUGCGUUACUUGUUGGCGUGGGCGGUUCUGGAAAACAAAGUCUAACCCGUCUUUCUUCCUUCAUCUCUUCGUUGGAAGUUUUUCAAGUGCAAUUGAAGAAAGGAUAUUCAAUAGUCGAUCUCAAACUUGACAUUGCCACAAUUUAUGUAAAGGCAGGAAUGAAAAAUGUCAGCAGUGUCUUCUUGAUGACCGAUUCCCAAGUGGCCGAAGAGAAAUUCCUGGUAGUUGUCAACGAUAUGCUUGCUUCCGGUGAGAUUCCCGAAUUACUCACCGACGAGGAGACCGAAAAUAUUUUGAAUGUUAUGAAACCGGAAGUUAAAGCGGCUGGGUUGCAGGAAACAAGGGAGAACUGCUGGAAAUUUUAUAUAGAACGCUGUCGGAGAAUAAUAAAGACUGUUCUAUGUUUUUCUCCUGUAGGCUCCACGUUGAGAGUGCGAGCCAGAAAAUUUCCAGCGAUUGUUAACUGCACAUCGAUUAACUGGUUCCACGAAUGGCCAGAGGAGGCCUUGGAGUCCGUAUCAAAGAGAUUCUUAACCGAAAUAGAAGUUCUACCACCGGAACUGGUGCAUCCGAUAUCGUUGUACAUGUCUUUCGUGCACGUUGUAGUAAAUGAUAUGUCAGCUGCAUAUCUUCUAAACGAAAAGCGGUACAAUUACACGACACCAAAGACAUUUUUAGAAUUGAUCGCUCUAUAUUCGAAAUUGUUAACAGAGAAAAUACGCAACAUAGAAAAUAACAUAUUUAAAUUUGAAAAUGGGCUAACGAAACUUGUUUCCACUGCCGAAGAGGUGGACGGGUUGAAAGAUAUUUUGGCAGUGCAAGAAGUCGAACUGGCAGAAAAGAAUGCAGCCGCCGAUGCUUUGAUUAAAGUUUUGGCUGUAGAAAACGAAAAAGUAUCGAGCGAAAAAGAAUUUGCUUCCGAAGAAGAAGCUAAAGUAAAAGUAGUAGAAGAGGAAGUGUCCGUCCAGCAGAAAAUAUGUGCGGAAGAAUUGGCAAAAGCCGAGCCAGCCUUGAUUGCCGCCCAGCAAGCGUUGAAUACGUUGAAUAAGAACAAUCUUACCGAACUGAAGUCUUUCGCUCAACCGCCGGAUGCAGUCGUUGCUGUCACUGCUGCCGUUUUGGUUUUGUUUACACCAAAAAAUAAACCUAUGCCGAGAGACCGCAGUUGGAAAGCCUGCAAAGGUAUAAUGGCAAAAGUCGACCAAUUUUUGUCUGACCUUGUUAACUACGACAAGGAUAAUAUGCAACCCGAGGUAGUGAAAGAAGUAAUAAAGUAUACUCAAACUCCAGGAUUCAAUUACGAGAAUAUUUUAACCAAAUCGGCCGCUGCAGCUGGACUCUGCUCCUGGGUUAUUAACAUUUUGAAGUAUUAUGAUGUUUUUGUAGUGGUUGAGCCCAAGCGAAAGGCGCUGCAGAAGGCGACGAACGAUUUGAACGCUGCGCGAGCAAAAUUGACGGAAUUGAAUACAAAGUUGGGCGUACUCGAACAACAGCUAGCCGUGUUGAAAGCGGAUUUUGAUGUAGCAACAGAAGCUAAAAUGAAAUGUCAAGCAGAAGCGGAUGCAACUGCCUUGAUGAUCGAUUUAGCAAACAGGCUAGUCAACGGACUUGCAUCAGAAAACGUCCGAUGGAGGGAAUCGAUAAAAAGCUAUCAAGCAUCAAUCACAACAACUCCAGGAGAUAUUUUACUUUUGACUUCAUUUAUAUCGUACGUUGGAUGCUUUAUGAGAAAGUAUCGUAUAGAUAUGAUGAAGAAUAAGUGGUUGCCGUAUCUGAAACGUUGUGACCCUCCUAUUCCGAUGACCGAAGACCUAAAUCCUCUAUCGCUUGUAAUAGACGAUGCAGUGGUUGCUAAGUGGAACAACGAAGGCUUGCCAAGUGACAGCAUGUCCACAGAAAACGCCACAAUUUUAGUUAAUUCGGCGAGGUGGCCUCUAAUGAUCGAUCCACAACUUCAAGGUAUAAAGUGGAUAAAAAACAGAUUCGGUUCGGAACUAAUAGUAGUGAGACUUACAACUAGAAACUACUUGGACAUGAUAGAAAGGGCGAUUUCUAAUGGGAAAGUAGUUCUCUUGGAAAACAUCGGUGAAGCUCUUGAUGCCGUCUUAGAUCCCAUUCUUGGAAGAGUUUUGAUAAAGAAGGGAAAGGCAAUUAAGUUGGGCGACAAAGAAGUUGACUAUGAUCCUAACUUCAGGCUCAUAAUUCAAACAAAGUUGGCAAAUCCCCAUUAUAAACCGGAAAUCCAGGCACAAACUACUUUGAUAAACUUUACAGUCACAAGGGAUGGUUUAGAGGAGCAACUUUUGGCGGAAGUGGUGAAGGCCGAAAGGCCGGAUUUGGAAACAUUAAAAUCUUCUCUGACAAAACAACAGAACGAUUUUAAGAUCACGAUAAAAUACUGUGAAGAUGCUUUAUUAGAGCGAUUAUCUUCGGCAACGGGCAAUAUAUUGGGAGAUGUUGCAUUGGUAGAAAAUCUGGAACGAACUAAAAAAACUGCAGCGGAAAUUGAAAUAAAAUCCGUUGAAGCAAAAGCAACAUCUAUUAAAAUUGACGUAGCUAGAGAACAUUAUCGACCUGCAGCCAUAAGGGCUUCCCUUCUUUAUUUUAUAUUGAACGAAUUAUGCAAAAUCAAUCUCAUAUAUCAGUUUUCAUUAAAGGCGUUCACCACAGUGUUUCUGAAUGCUCUGGCAAGAGCUGAUGAGGCAGACAGUCUUAAAGCUCGAGUGAUAAAUUUAUUGGACAGCAUAACGUUCAUGGUUUUCAUGUACACCAGCAGGGGAUUAUUCGAACGUGAUAAACUUAUAUUUAAAUCACAAAUGGCAUUUCAGAUUUUGCUCAAUGCGGAAGAAAUAACAUCGGAGGAGCUCGAUUUUCUCCUCCGUUUUCCAAUAGUUGCUGGUGUAAAUUCUCCUCUUGAUUUCCUCAGUCAUCAGUCGUGGGGGGGUGUUAAAGCUUUAUCCAACAGGGACGAGUUUAAGGGUCUCGAUAAGGAUCUGGAGGGUUCUGCAAAACGAUGGAGAAAAUUUGUUGAAAGUGAAAAUCCCGAAAAGGAGAAAUUACCAGGCGAAUGGAAAUCCAAGACGUCACUUCAAAGGUUAUGUAUAAUGAGAGCACUUCGCCCAGACCGAAUGACCUAUGCUAUAAAUGUUUUUAUUGAAGAGAAAUUGGGUUCCAAGUAUAUUACCGCUAGAUCGAUUCCGUUUGAGAAGUCGUACGAAGAAACGAGCAAUUCAACGCCUACAUUCUUUAUAAUAUCACCUGGCGUAAAUCCUUUAAAGGACGUAGAAAUGUUAGGUAAAAAGUUGGGUUUUAUGUUCGACUCCGGCAACUUUCAUAUGGUUUCUCUUGGACAAGGCCAAGAAGUAGUUGCAGAGCAUGCGAUGGACGUUUCAGCGGAGCUUGGUCAAUGGGUUAUCCUCGAAAAUAUUCACUUGGUCGUGAAAUGGUUACCCACAUUAGAAAAGAAGAUGGAACAGUUCAACGAAGAAUCUCACAAAGAUUACAGACUUUAUAUGAGUGCAGAAGCAUCUGCUGAUCCGAUGUCUAAUGUACUGCCACAAGGAAUACUUGAGUCGUCGAUAAAAAUAACAAACGAACCGCCAACAGGAAUGUUUGCCAAUCUUCAUAAAGCUCUGGACAAUUUUACCCAAGAAACACUAGAAAUGUGCACAAAAGAGGCAGAAUUUAAAUCAAUAUUAUUCGCUCUUUGCUAUUUCCAUGCAGUAAUCCAAGAGAGACGUAAAUUUGGAGCGCAAGGAUGGAAUAGGGUUUAUCCAUUCAAUUUUGGCGAUCUUACCAUCAGUAUUAACGUAUUGUAUAAUUAUUUAGAAGGGAACCCCCGAAUUCCGUGGGACGACCUGCGAUACCUUUUCGGGGAGAUUAUGUACGGAGGUCAUAUUACUGACGACUGGGACAGGCGAUUGUGUAGAACGUACCUUUUAGAAUACAUGCAGCCCGAGUUAGUAGAAGGCGAAUUGGAAAUGGCGCCAGGUUUUAUAUCACCCCCCAACACAGAUUAUCAGAACUACCAUCGUUACAUAGAUGACAGAUUACCACCGGAAUCUCCUAAUUUGUACGGAUUACACCCGAAUGCUGAAAUUGGUUUCCUAACUGCGACGUCUGAAACUUUAUUCCAAACCGUAUUCGAACUUCAACCGAGAGAAGCUGAAGCUGCAGUUGGCGUUGGAAUAUCGAAAGAAGAUAAAGUCAGAAUGGCGAUCGAAGAUAUUUUGGACAGACUUCCGGAAGCAUUUCCUGUGCACGAAAUGAUGGCCAAAGUGGAAGAACGAACUCCAUUCAUUAUCGUUUGUUUCCAAGAAUGCGAAAGGAUGAAUAUGUUAACAAACGAGAUGAAACGAUCGUUGAAAGAACUGGAACUUGGACUGAAAGGUGAAUUGACCAUCAGUUCAGUCAUGGAGGAAUUGAUGGAAUUUUUGUUUAUGGAUAAAGUACCUGAUCCUUGGGUAGCCAAAGCCUAUCCCAGCCUACUUGGCCUUAGUGCGUGGUGUGCAGACUUGGGAAAUAGAAUUAGAAGCUUAGAAGACUGGUCUGGCGAUUUAAAUUUGCCUCCAACAGUCUGGUUGGGUGGAUUCUUCAAUCCACAAUCAUUUCUUACGGCCAUUAUGCAACAGACGGCUCGAAAAAAUGAAUGGCCGUUGGAUAAGAUGUGUCUGCUUACUGACGUAACAAAGAAACAGAAAGAAGAUUUUACGAGUCCACCAAGAGAGGGUGCUUAUGUCCACGGACUAUUCAUGGAAGGGGCACGAUGGGAUAUCGCUACUGGUAGUAUAGCUGACUCGAAACUGAAAGAAUUGUAUCCAGUUGUGCCCGUAAUAUAUAUUAAGGCGAUUACGCAAGAUAAACAAGAUCUGAAGAACAUGUACGAUUGUCCCGUUUAUAAGACGAAAUUGAGGGGACCGACCUUUGUUUGGACAUUCAAUUUGAAAACUAAGGAGAGACCGACAAAGUGGACUUUAGCAGGCGUCGCAAUUUUACUGCAAAUAUGAUGUAGAAUAUUAUUUUAGAAAGUGAAAUUUUAAUAAACACUUAAUAUUUUAA